CACAAAGUUAGUCUUCCUCUGUAUUGUUCAAGUCGAGACACCCACAGGCACAGAAAAAUGUAACACUGCCGUUCCUGCUGCAGCUGGCCACCUGACCUCAGACACAAAGACUGGCUGAGCUGAAACUGAAUAAAUGACACCAUGGGGAGCCAAUGCUCGACACUCAGGAGGGAUAAAUCAAAGGAAGCGGAGUAUUACAAACCUAACCAAAAGAAAGGUGAGGUUUCGUCCACAGUGCAAAGUGGGGAGGAGUCUUAUCUCCUCCAAAGAAGGCCAUCUGUGCAGGAGGAGGGAGGAGCUGUGAAGGAGAUAAGGGAGGAGGGCACUUUAAGGAAGCAAGAAGAUGAAGAUACUGUCUCUGCGACGCUGGGCUGCAGUGAGACGAGCAGCUCUCUGGAACGUGAAUGCACUGUGGCUGAGCGUAACACCACAAGUCCUUGCCCCUCUGGAGCACGCAGUGCUGCAUCAGCCAUCACGGAGGAGAAAGAAGAAGCUGAGUGGGUGGACAGCAACCGGGCUAAGCUCAUUCAGAGCAUCACCUCGGUGAUGGAUAUAGCGGACGAGAUGUUCCAGUUGAGGAUAAUCCACAAUGAGACUUACGCCAACAUCAGGGCUGCCAGGACCAGCCAGGAGCAGAUGAGGGAGCUCUACGGGGCCCUCACGUCUGUAAAGGCCAAAUCUGCCUUCCGCAGAAUCCUCCAGGAAAUUCAUCCAGACAUAUGUCAAAAAGAUGUGAUCCAAGAAGUCAUCAGAAAGCACAAAGCCUAUCUUAGGGACAAGUUUAGAUAUGAGUUUGAAGGCACCGCCAAAGAUCACAAGGAUGCACAGUCGCUGGAUAAGAUUUACACGGAGCUUCACGUUAUACAGGGAGAGAGUGAGCGCAUCAACGAAGAGCAUGAGAUCUGGGAGAUUGAGGACAAGGUGAGGAGUCAAACAGCUGAGGGCGUUAAAAUCAACUGCAACGACAUCUUUAAAAGCGCCUCAUCCGGGCAGGACAGAAGAGGAGUGAGAGCUGUCAGAACUGUCAUGACAAAGGGAAUCGCCGGCAUCGGAAAAACUGUCUCCGUGAAGAAGUUCAUCCUGGACUGGGCAGACGGAGGAGCAAAUCAGGACCUGGACUUUAUCUUUGUGCUGCCGUUCAGGGAGCUGAAUCUGGUCAUAGAUAAGUUUAGCCUUGAGACGCUCGUGAAGGACUUCCAUCCAGAGCUUAAAAACGUAGCAGUUGCGAGAAUAUUUGCUAACCACAAAGUUUUGUUCGUUUUUGACGGGCUUGAUGAAAGCCAACUUAAACUGGAUUUCCAAACAACCGAAAGACUGACAGACGCCACUAAGGAAUCAUCAGUGGACGUUCUGGUGACCAACCUCAUCCGGGAACACCUUCUUCCCUCCGCUUUUGUCUGGAUUACCUCGAGGCCGGGAGCGGUCCAGCGCAUCCCUCGUCAGUAUGUGUACCAGUGGACUGAAGUUAGAGGAUUUAAUGAUCCACAAAAAAUACAGUACUUCAGGAAGAGAGUUGAGGACAAGGCUGUUGCUGAAAGGAUUAUUAACAACAUCAUGAUGUCCCGGAGCUUAUACAUCAUGUGCCACAUACCUAUCUUCUGUUGGAUUGCGGCAAAAGUUCUUGCGCAUUUGCUGCUAAAAGUGGACGCCAGUCAAGAGGAAAAUAUAAAGAUACCCACAACUCUUACUGAGAUGUACACACACUUCCUUUGCAUUCAAAUGCAGGUAGCUACUGAGAAGUAUCACAGCCAGAAUGAGGUGAAUACAGAGGAGGUCUUCAGGUCAAACGAAGAAUUCAUUUUGAAGUUAGGCAGGAUGGCGUUUGAGCAUUUGAAAGAAGGCAAAAUCAUAUUUACUGGCAAUGAUCUGAAAAGCUAUGGCAUUGACAUACGCAAAGCUGGCGUUUACUGCGGGCUGUGCACAGAGAUAUUCAAGGAAGAGAGCGUGUUCAACACCAGGAAACUCUACUGCUUCGUGCAUCUGACGGUCCAGGAGUACUUUGCUGCUCUGUUUGUGUACCACAGCUUUGCAAGUAAAAAAAUAGACUCUCUGAGCCUCAAGGAUUUCCUGCUCAUAGGGUCUGAGGAAGAACUCAAGCCAAUCUUAGACGCAGAUCCAGUUGAUUUACCUUUGGAUGAGCUGAUGGAAAUAUCAAUAGCUAAUUCAACCCUGAGAAAGACAGGAGAACUGGACAUGUUCCUCAGGUUCCUUAUUGGCCUGUCUCUAAAAUCAACACAAGAGCUGCUUCAAGGCCUGAUUCAGCAGACAGAGGAACACACUGCGGUCGUUGAGGAAAUUAGGACGAGUCUAAAAGAAAUAGAUUUAGCAGACUGCUCACCUGCAAGAUGUCUGAACCUUGUCCACUGCCUGAUCGAGCUGAAAGACAGUUCCCUGCAUGAUACUGUGCAGCAGUACCUGAAACCGAAUCACAACCCAGAAACGCAGCUCUCCCCUGUUCAGUGCUCAGCUCUGGCCGACUCAAUUCUAAUGUCAAGUGUGCCACUCGAUGAAUUCGACCUGAAAAGAUACAGACCCUCAGCAAAAGGUGUGUUUCGGCUUGUCCCGGCAGUGAGGAACAGCAGAAAAGCAAGGAUCUCUGGGGUGGAUUUAGAUGUUUGGCUUUGUGAAACGAUCUCCUCGGCCCUUCAAAUGCCCAACUCUGUGCUAACUGAGCUGCAUUUGAUAAACUGUAACUUUUAUGAAGGGACAAAGAUCUUGACGGAUGCACUGACAAACUGUCAGUGUAAACUAGAAGCUCUCUGCCUCUCAGGUAGGGGCUUCUUACAAACAAAGUGUGAAAAGUUGGCAUCAGCUAUCAAAGCAGUCGCUUCAAAUCUAAGAGAGCUGGAGCUGAGCAGCAACAUACUGGGAGGUUUGUUGUGCUCGGUGCUUUCCGGUGGACUAGGCAGCCUGGAGAAGCUCAGACUGAACCGAAAUCCUCAAAUUGCCAAAAUCUGCAAGGAGUUGGUGGCAGCGCUCACAUCCAGCCCAUGUCCUUUGCGAGAGCUGGAACUGAGUUACACCAGUUUUCAAGACUCAGAAAUGGAGAUCCUCUGUGCUGGGCUGAUGAGCACAAACUGUAAUCUGAGGGUACUGAGCCUCAGUCACAACAGACUCACUGAAAAAGGUUGCAAGACGUUGGCCUCGGCGCUCAGCUCCAGACCUUCCUGCCUCACAAAGCUGGACCUGAGCUACAAUGACCUGCAGGACUCGGGAGUGACGGCACUCUGCGGUGCACUGCAGAACCCACACUGUGGUUUGGAAACACUAAGGCUGUCAUUCUGUAAAGUGACAGGAGACGGAUGUGCCGCCCUGGCCACGGCUUUGAGGCGUGACCACUGCAGCCUCAGGGAGCUGGACCUGAGCUUUAAUCACCUGGCAGGCCGAGGGGUCAAAAUGCUGACUGACGUACAGACAGAUCCUCGCUGCAGCCUGGAAACACUCAAUGUGGAGCAAAAUGAAGAGUGCUGGUUUGACUUGAAGCUGCUGAGACAGUAUGCCUGUGAUCUGACACUGGACCCCAACACAGCGGCCGUGAAUAUAAGUUUGACAGAAGACAAGAAAGAGGCGAUAUAUGUUGGAGAGAAGCAGUCAUAUCCUGAUCACCCAGAGAGAUUUGACUCGCGUCAAGUACUGUGUGAAGAGGGUCUCACCGGUCGUCAUUACUGGGAGGUUGAGUGCGUUCGAUCUGAUGUUGGAGUGGCAUACAAAAGUAUGGACAGGGUGGGAGACUGUUCAUCUCAAUUUUCUUUGGGGAACAAUGAAAAAUCUUGGUGCUGGUUUUAUGAAGGGAGAUUUCAUCAUAACAACUCCUGUCUUAAGUUUAUGCACCAGACAAGCAGAAGUACAAUAGGAGUGUAUCUGGACUGGCCAGCGGGUAUUUUGUCCUUUUUUGAGGUCUUUCCUGAUACACUGACCCACCUGUACACUGUCCGGACAACUUUUACUGAGCCACUCCAUCCUGGUUUCGGUCUGGAUGACGGAUCAGUUUGCCUCUGUAAAAUAAAGUAACCAAAAUGCAAUUUGUACCACCAAAAAGAGCCAACCCACGCUGGCUGGCUGGAAAAAAAGGAUUGUGAUAUACAGUGAAGUUAAAAGCAUUCAGUUUCUACAUGCUGGUUUGUGUGCAUUAUUAUAAAAACAUGCACAAACUCAUAAUUGUACAUUUGUUUGCUUAAACAAUCUGGUUCCCCUGGACCAGGGGCGUCACUAGGUUUUAAGAACAAGGGGGGCUUAGCCCCCAAGAGAUGCACAGGAUGUGAGUGAAUGUAGUGCACAAGUACAAAACUUCAGCCAACAAAGACUGAGAAAUCAUUCAUUAUAAUUUUUUAGGUCUGUGUUUAAUACAGUACAACAACAAACAGAGGUUAGCACAGUAACAGUGUGUUUACAUCACUGACGAAAAAAUGGCUACACUUGCGAGUUACUUGGUGGAUGGAAGCAUCAAAGAAUGCUGUCUGUUUUUAAGGGUGGCAAAUCGGUCUGUCACUCUGUUGUGACUCAGAUGCUGAAGCUCGUCUUUUUCAGUUGACAUGACUGCAAGACUGUGAAGUCUUUUCCGAUUUAUUGUUUGACGCAGCCAGGAAUGCAGCCGACGCAGUGCACUGUUAGGGCAACUUGGAUAGUAGCCUUCAGAGAGGGAAACAUGUCUGAGUCAAGGAGGUUGUGCACAGACAAUAUAUCUUCUGGUGGACAUCCAGCCUCUGUUUCCGGGCAAGAAAGUUUCUGGCCACCAUAUAUAUAUAUAUGUACUUUCUAAUCAUUUCUCUCCUACUCACCUUUCCAGUAGAGGUCUCUCCCCUCUCACUCCCUGUGCUCCUCUGCCCUGACUCUUACACGUCAAUAGAGGUGGUGGAGUGAUUAUUAUUAGUGUAUUAUUAUUAUCCACUGAUGGUAAUCAUGUGAAUGAGCCCAGCUGCAUCCGUGAAGUGAGAAACACGGCUGAUGGCUGAUGGUCCAGAAGGAAGUCACCCCAACGAUAGUGGUAAAAAAAAAAGAGUGCAUACUUAACUUUAUAAACAACCAGGACCUUCACAGUGCAUUUCAGACUAACUAGCUAGCAGCAGCUAAGUAGCAGCUUUCUUUCAGAGCUGGGAUGUAACUUUUGACCGCAAAACAACAAAGGUAAUACGUGCGUGAAGCCAGGUUUUUGUUGGUCAAACACGGAGCAUUUGGUUUAUUAACUACAUGGGACUUUCUGCUGUCAGCUGGGGGCUUGAGCGAACUAACUGUUGCUACCAGCAGUGAUGAAUGCUUACUUUCUUGAAAAACCUUAUUAUGUCCAUCCGUUCACGCUCUGCUCCUGCCGCUGUGCGCUUCAGAGGGACACACACAGACUGCAGUUACCGACUGCGAGCAAGGUCACAGGGAAAACGUGGACUGGAUUUUGAGUGAUGGGGGGCGUUCUGUAUAUGAAAAAGUGGAAUGGAUUGGAUAACGACGCACUGAAGGGGCUCUCUCUACCUUACGCUAUGAAAUGAGAUUUAUGAUCAUAUUUAAGUGAAUGAUGACAGGUUAUAUGAUUAUUGAUUUAAACUCAUAUUCUAACCACUUUGUAUUGAAUAUGUGGGCAUUUUUUGGUUAAAUUAUUAUUAUUAUUAUUACUAUUUUUAAUAAAACAACACAAAAUUAUUUAGAGGGGCUUAAGAAUAUUUAGUGGGGGCUGAAGCCCCCCUAAAAUAGGCCUAAC